UUAGCACCGGUUGCACACCCAAAUCCAAUCAAAUCUAGACUAAAAACCGUAACUCCAUUUCCGAUCAUCACCGGCGAUCACAUCAACAACAAUGGCGAUGAACACGAGCUUCACCAUCGGUAUCAUCGCAAUUUCGAUGCUUUUACACGCUGCUUACUCAACUAUUCAAUACAGAACUUUGCUAAAGAUCACUGAAGUUGAGUUUACAGGACCUCCUUAUGAAGUGCUGGUUGAGUUGAUGUUAGUGAUGGUUUUGAGUCUGUUUGCUGGGUUAACUGUGCCCGGGAAUUUUCGAUCAAUCCUCCCGGAUUCGGAUGAGAACAGGGUGGUGUUUGUACCCUCGAACAAGAACUUUAUGAUCUUCAAUCAUCGAGGAAUGGCGUUCCCUACAGAGAUGGGCUUGAAGCUCAACUGAAAGGACCAGAUAGAUAUUAUUUCAAUGGAAACCAUUUUUUGUAGCAUGAUUUAAGUUGACAAUUGUGCUAGACAUGCAAUAGCUUAAAAUGUUCUUUUUUUUGUUGAUAUUUUUGAAAUCUCCCUUUUUGGUUAUUUAUAACAAGACAUGCAUUUGAGUCGAA